AAAACCGAACAUACGUUUACUUUAUGGUUGGAAAUAGAAAACAAAUUUUGAACAAUUUUCGUUGAUAAAUUUAUCAACACCAACGUUUUUCAUUCAAAAUCAAAUAAUUGCAGCAUUUAUUUCCCCAUAGUAGAGAAAAAUAUCACACCUAUCUGCUGCAGUUCCAAGAAAUAUGUGAAUUUGAGGUUAUCUCCGACCGAAAUACAUUUAAAUUUGGGUCUUCAUUUCAUUGUUCAUUUAUAAUCCUGAGCUUUCACUAUGUAUGAACAAGAUGACGACCGUUAUGAAGAGGAAGAAACUGAGGAAAUCAGUUCGGAGUUAUGGCAAGAGGCCUGUUGGAUUGUUAUCAAUUCCUACUUUGACGAGAAGGGUUUGGUUCGACAACAAUUGGAUAGUUUUGACGAAUUUAUACAGAUGUCUGUUCAACGUAUCGUUGAGGACUCCCCAGUGAUUGAUUUACAAGCUGAAGCCCAGCAUACCUCUGGGGAAAUUGAGAAUACUACCCACUAUUUGCUUAAAUUUGAGCAGAUUUAUCUUUCAAAGCCUACACAUUGGGAGAAAGAUGGGGCUCCAUCCCCUAUGAUGCCAAAUGAAGCUCGUUUGAGGAAUUUGACUUAUUCUGCUCCUUUGUAUGUUGACAUUACCAAAACUAUAGUGAGGGAGGGUGAAGACCCUAUCGAAACACAGCAUCAGAAAACAUUUAUAGGUAAAAUUCCAAUAAUGUUGCGUUCCACAUUCUGUCUAUUGAAUGGACUCACUGAUCGUGAUUUAACUGAAUUGAAUGAAUGUCCUUUGGAUCCUGGUGGCUAUUUCAUCAUAAAUGGUUCUGAAAAAGUACUAAUUGCUCAAGAAAAGAUGGCCACUAAUACUGUUUACGUGUUUGCCAUGAAAGAUGGAAAGUAUGCUUAUAAAUCAGAAAUUCGUUCGUGUUUGGAACAUAGCUCAAGACCCACGUCGACUUUGUGGGUCAAUAUGAUGGCUAGAGGUGGCCAGGCGAUUAAAAAGGCAGCUAUUGGUCAAAGAAUUAUCGCAAUUUUGCCUUAUAUCAAACAAGAAAUUCCAAUAAUGAUUGUAUUCAGGGCUCUUGGUUUUGUGGCGGAUCGUGAUAUUCUUGAGCACAUCAUUUAUGAUUUUGAAGAUCCAGAGAUGAUGGAAAUGGUGAAACCAUCACUGGACGAAGCCUUUGUCAUACAAGAACAAAAUGUUGCUUUAAAUUUCAUAGGUUCGAGAGGUGCCCGACCUGGUGUCACAAAAGAAAAGCGUAUCAAAUACGCCAGAGAAAUUUUACAGAAAGAAAUGUUGCCUCAUGUUGGUGUUUCUGAUUUUUGUGAAACAAAGAAGGCAUACUUUUUGGGUUACAUGGUUCACCGACUUCUUCUAGCCGCUCUUGGUAGAAGAGAGUUAGAUGAUCGUGAUCAUUACGGAAAUAAAAGAUUAGAUUUGGCUGGUCCAUUACUGGCCUUUUUAUUCAGGGGGUUAUUUAAAAAUUUGAUAAAGGAAGUGAGAAUGUACGCGCAGAAGUUUAUUGACAAGGGAAAAGACUUCAAUCUUGAUCUAGCCAUUAAAACGAAAUUAAUAACUGACGGUUUGCGGUACUCUUUGGCCACUGGUAACUGGGGCGAUCAGAAAAAGGCCCAUCAAGCUCGUGCUGGAGUAUCACAGGUGUUGAAUAGGUUAACUUUUGCGUCAACGUUGUCUCAUCUUCGUCGUGUCAACUCUCCAAUUGGAAGAGAUGGUAAAUUGGCCAAACCACGUCAGUUACACAACACCCUAUGGGGGAUGAUCUGUCCUGCUGAGACUCCUGAGGGAGCCGCUGUAGGUUUAGUAAAAAAUCUGGCUUUAAUGGCUUACAUAUCUGUCGGUUCGCAACCGUCGCCAAUUCUCGAGUUCUUGGAGGAGUGGUCGAUGGAAAAUCUGGAAGAAAUCGCACCUUCCGCCAUCGCGAAUGCCACUAAAAUCUUUGUCAAUGGAUGUUGGGUUGGUAUACACAGAGAUCCCGAACAAUUGAUGUCCACUUUGAGGAAGCUCAGACGUCAGAUGGACAUCAUCGUAUCUGAAGUUUCUAUGAUUCGUGAUAUUAGGGAUAGGGAGAUAAGAAUCUACACAGACGCUGGUAGAAUCUGUAGGCCGCUUCUAAUCGUGGAAAAUGGAAGUUUGUUGUUGAAAAAGAAACAUAUUGACAUGUUGAAAGAAAGAGAUUACAAUCAUUACGGUUGGCAGAACCUUGUUUCUUAUGGUGUUGUUGAAUAUAUCGAUACGUUGGAAGAAGAAACGGUCAUGAUUGCGAUGUCCCCUGAUGAUUUGAGACAAGAAAAAGAAUACGCUUAUUGUACGACUUAUACACAUUGUGAAAUUCAUCCAGCCAUGAUUUUGGGAGUUUGCGCUUCGAUUAUACCUUUCCCAGAUCACAAUCAGAGCCCCAGAAAUACCUAUCAGAGUGCUAUGGGAAAACAAGCCAUGGGCGUUUAUAUCACGAAUUUCCACGUGCGUAUGGACACUUUGGCCCAUGUCCUCUACUAUCCACAUAAACCGUUGGUUACAACCCGGUCUAUGGAGUAUCUACGUUUCAGAGAGUUGCCUGCAGGAAUCAAUAGUAUUGUAGCUAUCGCUUGUUACACUGGUUACAAUCAAGAAGAUUCUGUCAUCUUGAACGCAUCCGCAGUCGAAAGGGGAUUUUUCAGAUCUGUGUUCUAUCGAUCUUACAAAGAUUCUGAAUCGAAAAGAAUAUCAGAACAGGAAGAACAGUUUGAGAAACCCACAAGACAGACGUGUCAGGGUAUGAGGAACGCUAUAUAUGAUAAGUUGGACGAUGAUGGUAUCAUAGCACCUGGUGUUCGUGUAUCUGGCGAUGAUGUGAUAAUAGGAAAGACUAUGACCUUACCCGAAAGAGACGAUGAGUUGGAGGGUGCCACGAAGAAAUAUUCAAAACGAGACGCUUCGACGUUCCUUCGUAACAGUGAAACGGGGGUGGUUGAUCAGGUCAUGUUGACCUUGAACGCGGAUGGGUAUAAAUUUUGCAAGAUCAGGGUGCGAUCUGUGCGUAUCCCGCAAAUUGGUGACAAAUUCGCAUCCAGGCACGGACAAAAAGGGACAUGCGGUAUCCAAUAUAGACAAGAGGAUAUGCCAUUCACGUGUGAAGGACUGACACCCGAUAUCAUCAUCAACCCCCACGCUAUCCCUUCCCGUAUGACAAUUGGUCACUUGAUCGAGUGUAUUCAGGGAAAAGUAUCAGCGAAUAAAGGGGAAAUAGGUGAUGCGACACCUUUCAACGACGCGGUGAACGUACAAAAGAUUUCCACCCUUCUUCAAGAAUACGGUUAUCAACUUAGAGGAAAUGAGGUUAUGUAUAAUGGUCACACCGGUCGUAAGAUCAACGCGCAAAUUUUCUUGGGGCCUACUUAUUACCAACGUCUUAAGCAUAUGGUGGACGAUAAGAUCCACUCUAGAGCCAGGGGUCCGUUGCAGAUUCUAGUGCGACAGCCCAUGGAGGGUAGGGCACGUGAUGGUGGGUUACGUUUUGGGGAGAUGGAGAGAGAUUGUCAGAUCUCCCAUGGGGCUGCGCAAUUUUUGAGGGAGAGGUUGUUCGAAGUUUCAGAUCCGUACAGAAUACACGUUUGUAAUUUAUGCGGUCUGAUUGCUAUAGCGAAUUUGAGGAAUAAUACUUUCGAAUGUAAGGGAUGCAAGAACAAGACGCAAAUUUCACAGGUGAGGUUGCCGUAUGCGGCAAAGUUGCUGUUCCAGGAGCUCAUGUCGAUGAAUAUUGCCCCCAGACUUAUGGUAACGUAAAAAGUAGUUCAUAUGUAUUUAGUUAGUUAGAAUGUUGAAAUUGGUUUUGUUUUCAUAGUUUAAUUGAUUAUCCAGUGAUUGGAGUUGAUAUUUUAUUCAAUAAAACGUUGAUUUUAA